AUGGUGGGACGUGGGUACCCAGAGUUGUGCCGGGGAGAGGGGUCGGGCCCAGGCGGGCACGAACGGGAAGUGGUGGAGCGAGCGGAGCCGCCGCUAGGAGAACAUGGCGGGGGAGUGAGGAGAGCCGCCAGCAGCUCCCGGUGUUGUUACCCGGGCGCGACCCGCCCACUUCCGCCCCCGCGCCAACCGCCGUGCCCUGACGGCGCCAGCACCGCCCCUCCUCGCCGACCCCCGCCAAUCGCGGUGGAGCGGCGGUCUCUUUGCCGUCGCUCCAGCCAAUCGGAAGCGACACAAACACUCGGGGCCACGCCUCCCAAGGACCGCCCACUCCGGACGGGCACGCCCCCGGUCUCCGAGUCACGGGCUCGCAGUGCGCGGCGAGAGGGCGGCGCCCACCGGCCAAUCGGGAUCCGCACGAACAAGUGAGGCCACACCCCCACAGGCCCCGCAGCCAAUCGCGAGAGACGUAAACAGGCGUCGACGCGCCCCCCGGUGGGCGGUGGCGGCGGCGGGCGGGCAGCGUCGCUCGCCAUGGAGGAGCCGGGCCCGGCCGCCGCGCCGCCGGAGGGGCGGGGGCGGGACGAGCGGAGCCUGGAGGCCCUCAGUCUGGCUGGUGGCGGAGGGGCAGCGGCGGUGGGGCGGCAGCUGCCGGAGGGGCGGCGGGCGACGCUGGCGAGCGCUCUGGAACUGGAGGGGACGGUGCUGCGCGAGGGGCGCCUCACCCAGUUCGUAGCCAACAACCUGGAGCGGCGGAUCCGGCUGAGCGGCGCCCCGCGGGGUGAACCACCGGCGGGGGGCGGCGGGUCCUCCAUCCCCGCCAUCGACCCCGGGGCGCUGCAGGACGUGGUGGCUCUGGCGGGGCAGGUGGCGGCGCAGGUGGACGAGCUGCUGCGGAACGUGCACUGCGGGCUGCAGGCCCUGACGGCGCUCAGCGUCGGCUGCAUCCAGACCUACCGCGACGGCGUGGAGAGCCUGGGCGAGGCGGCCGACCUCAGCAUCCGCGCCAUGUACGCACUGGUGGCGCGCUGCGAGGAGCUGGACCGCGCCAUGCAGCCCGUGCCCGCCCUGGCCAAGCGCAUCCGUGACAUGAAGGGCACGCUGGAGCGGCUGGAGGGGCUCUGCAAGUAGUUGCUCCCGCCGCCGCCCCCCCUCCCCGUGCCGGUAGCGGGGGCCUGGGGCUGCUGCUCUGUCGCUCCGGCGGCCCCACCGCUCACGGCGUCCGCAGCUCCCACCUGCGCAUCCUCGCUCGCUCCCCCCGUGCGUGACUUGCCGGCAUCAGUGGCCAGAUCGAUCGCCUUUGUUGAUCUGGACGAAUGGAAAUUUUUGCGACCAACGAAGGAAAAGGUCCCGGUUGAAAACCGCGGGGUAAAUGGCAGAUGGUGCUUUUUAGCUUCAGCUCCAUUAAAGAUUUUGGAUCCCACAUGCCUUACGCUUUCUAUUUAUUGAGGGCUAAGAGAAACUAACGAGUCUUAAUUAAAACUAGCUGUUAUUUUUUUUUUUUUAAUUGUAAAUUCUUGUGAGUAGCUUCUUGAUGCUUACCGGCAUAUGUGCUUAUUUGUAGCUGAUUUGGUGCCUGAAGAGCACCAAGUUCUCAUCUAUGCUGUUACAGCAAAUAAACUCACAGAACACUACUGUUUCUUACAGGACACAGUUUUAAGAUAAGAGUAAGUUUAAUACAUGUAACAAAGACGCUUGUUUUCUGAGACAAAUAUAAAGUCCGUGGAAGAUAAUUGAGAUUCAGAUAAGAACAAAUCCAUAAGCAAAGUUCUAAAUAAAAGCCUUCAGAUUAAAUGUGCUUUGCCUCCAUUAAUCUUUACCAUUUUCACGGUGUAAAAGUUUAAAUGGCAUCACUGUGAAAUGAUCCUGUUAUUUUGUUGUUUGCUUUUUUGUUGUUUUUUUUUUUUCCUAGUUGGGAAAAUAUCUAAUUACACAAGGAGUAUAAGUACAUGAUGACAUUUUGUGGGUGUAUGACUGACUUGGAAUAAUUUAACUGCCUUGGAAUAAUUUAUUUGUAUAACUUGAAGCUUUUGUAUAUGCAUCACAGUGUGGAGAAGUGAUUUUGUUAUAUCAGUGAGUGUUUCCUCUGAGACCUGAGAGUAGCUGAAUUCCUCUACUCACGAAUAUUCCUAUGCAAAAAGCCUGUUAGGUGAUGCUCUUAGAAAUCCAUUUAGGUCACAAAUGUCCCUGUAACAAGAUUUCAGCAGAAAAAUGAUCACUUUGAUCUUAUAUAAGUGUAAUAGUGCUUUUGGCGACCAGUGGCUCCUAAAAGCCUUGAAAUGAGAGUAGCCAGAAAUACUGCUCAAGUCCUGUGCCUGUGGCUGAAGAGCAGUCAGGUUUACGAUGGGCAGAGCUGCUACCCCACGGUAAUCUUGUUAAAAACACUGAGUGAGGGAUGGACACCAUGAUACCCUGUGCUCCUUCAUGUACCUAAUACUGAAUUACAACAAAAUGAUUGAUGUGAAUGCCACCCCGGUUUGCAUGAUGCCAGUCUCUGGCCUGUUUUGAGCCCCUUGGCAUGGCCGUGUCUUUCCCUCAGCACAGGGGUGUGUUUCAUGUGUGGCCUUGUAGCCCUAGCAACAGGACAAGACUGCAACUGGGCUGUGCCAAGAUAGGGUUCUCUCUGGUACUGUCUGCUGGGGGGUAGCUGUGGCUCCAGGAGGACACCAGAGGCCUAACAGAAGUUAGGAGGGAGGAAAAACUUAACUGCUGCUGAUCCCAUGGGCCUAGAAGACACUAAAGAUUGCUUAACACACAGCAACAGCUGUACUUUUAAUAGUUUUGUUAUUCCUGGGAAAGUUUGAACUCGUAUAUUAUGCAGAUGCCGUAGUUUUGCUAAGUGUGUUUGGUAUACGCCAAGAGUGAACACCAAAGGUUGAUCUUGCACAAUUUGUGAGUACUGAUGAAAUGUACAGGAAAGACCUGCAAGCUUAUUUGUGUAGCCACAUAUGUACAGCUACUCUUCACUCAUACAAGCUAAGGUGAAACCUUUAAAGUGUUUCAGUAUGCUCUUGGGUUUUGAUAGUGUUUCAUUUGCAGCCGUCUUCAUUCAAUGCUAAUUCCCAUUUAAAAUUGUUGAGUCUGUAGAAUAAAGUUAUUACUUUUAUAUUUUUAA